AUGUUUGGAUCCUCAAAUACCAAUUCUGGAUUCGGUUCUGGGUUUGGUGUUAAACCAAGUGGAUUUGGAAGUAGUACGCCACAAAAUAACAACACUACAGGUGGUCUUUUUGGAAAUAGUAAACCUUCUUCAGGUUUUAGUUUUGGUUCAGGUCAAACAAAUAAUGCUACAUCUGGAUUUGGUUCAAACAACGCGACACCAUUGAGUGCUAACAAACCAGCUACUGGUGGUCUUUUUGGUAACAGUGCAAGUAAUACAAGUGGCACAGGAUCUGGUCUUUUUGGUAAUAACAACAACACAACUUCAACUGGUCAAACUGGUGGUGGUUUGUUUGGAAACAAUAAUAAUAAUAAUAAUAAUACCAAUCAAGCAAGUGGUGGUGGUCUAUUCGGUAAUAACUCAACACAAUCAAACACAACCACUGGAGGUGGUCUAUUCGGAAACUCAGCUAACAAUAAUACCAAUAGUGGAGGUGGUUUGUUUGGAAAUACAUCCAAUACCAACACUGGUGGUGGAUUAUUUGGAAAUUCAUCAACUACAAAUAAUGCUCCUAAACCAAAUACUGGCUUCUCAUUAUUUGGAAACUCAUCAUCUACAUCACAAGCACCAAAACCAGGUUUAUUUGGAAGUAAUUCCAAUACAACUACACAACCAUCAACCGGAUUAUUUGGAUCAAAUAACAAUACAUCAGCACCUGGAUCUUCACUGUUUUCAGGUUCAAACAACAAUCAAUUGAACCAAAAUACAAGUACACCACCAGCCAAACAAUACAAUUUCAAAGAUUUACCAAAAUCAAUUACAGAAUCUGCAAAAGCUUCAAAACAUCCAUUGAGUAACAAUGUCGCAACUAGAAAGAGAACUUCAUCAAAUAGCUCGGGAUCUUCAGUGAGUGCUCCUCAAGGCCAAAGAUCUGGAAUUCUCGAAAGAUUAAGCACAAGAUUCAGUACUUUAAAAUCACAAGCUCGUUAUGAUUCUGAAGGGCUUUUCUCUCCAAAAAAAGAUCUGUUACAUUCUGCCCUCCCAAAUGAUAAUCAAGAAGCAACAUCAACAAAAUUAUUCGUUAGACCAUUCAGUACAACCACACAUAAUCCAAGAUCAUCUACAAAUGCUACACGCAGAAGAAUCCUGACAACAGAAUAUUUGAAAUUAAAAGUUGAUCCAAGUAGAAGUGAAUCAAGAAGAUUGAAAAUUUUUGGUGAAACAGGUGGUGCCAAAAAGAUUAGAGUGUUAGGACGUGAAGAUGAAAAUACAAUUGAUUGGGAAGUUAAUGGAUCAGUUGUAUCUAAUGAUGAAAAUCCAGUUGAAACUAAAACCAAUGAAAAAGAUGAACUAAUAGAAGAAAGUAAUGGUGAUCAAGAUAAUAAGAAAACUGAAAAUGUAUCAGAAGGCAUCAAAAAUGCUUCUAACGAUGACGAAUAUUGGUGUUCACCUUCAAUUGAUGAAUUAGCAAACCUGCAACUAAGACAACUUGCUGAAAUUUCAGAUUUUACAAUUGGUAGAAAAGGUUAUGGUUCCAUUAGUUUUGAUCUUCCAGUUGAUUUAACUGCAUUUGCAUCAGAUUUAUCUGGUCAUUUAUUUGGUAACGUUGUCAAAUUCAACAAAAACAGAACAGUUGAAGUUUAUCCAAAUGACAAAAUUCCAUUAGGUUCAGGUCUGAAUGUUCCUGCUACAAUCACUUUGGAAAAAUGUUUCCCAACUAGUAGAAAAGGAAGACAUGCUAAGCCUGAAGAUACAACCACUAAAGAUUUAGAACUUAGAUUAUUCAUUAGAAAAUUAAAGGAGUUGAAAGAUAUGGAAUUUGUUACAUAUGAUCCAUUUUCAGGUGCAUGGACUUUUAAAGUUAAACAUUUCAGUAUUUGGGGUUUAGUUAAUGAAGAUGAUGAUGUUGUUGAUGUUGAUUCUGAAGUGGAAACUUUGAAAAAUCAAACAAGAGAAGCUGAGACCAAAAAGGAAAAUGCUGUAUCUGUUAAUCCAAUUGAGAAUACAAAUAAACUUAGCAGUAUCCAACACCCAAACCCUUUCAAAUCUAGAAAUUUAGCUGAAGAUACUUUUUUAUUCAAGAAGCAAAAAAUUGAUGACUCUUUUGAUUUCGAUACUACAGAUCUUAUGCCAGGAAGUUUUAUUUCUGGUCAAACAUAUGAUUUGAUCCGUACUCAACAAGAAAAACCAGAAGAUGUAAACGAAUCACCUUCUCCAAUUCUUUCUGAUGAUGAUGAUGAUAGUGUUACAAUCCGUGACAAUGGUGCAGUUGUUCCAAUUGGUCUUGUCCAUGGCGAUGAAUCAUUUAUCAAUGGUGAAGAUGAUUAUUCAAUGAAUGAAGAUCCAGAUAUUUUAGAUGAAAAACAAUAUGAACCUAUUGAUGUCGAUCAAGAAGAUUUCAGACAACUUGAAGUUGAUCCAAAAUUAGCUGUUGCAGAUGAUUGGAAUGAACAAUUAAAGCUUUCUGCUAGAGCUGAUUCAGUAUAUGCUGCUGAUGAAUUCAAAAAUUCAAAACAAAUAAAAGACUCUUUGAAUAGAGGGUUAACACCUGGUGAUUUAGAUAAUUUAAUCUUUGGUGAUUUUAAAAAGAUCAUUGAAGCACAAAAAAAAAUUAAAAAGGAAUUAAGAUUUGAAAAUUAUAAUUUUUCACAUUAUACUAAUGAAGCAAAAUUACUUGUUAGAGAUUCAAAAAGUGCUUCAUUCGUUAAAGAAAAACAAUUAGAUGAAGAAUUUGGUAAUAUCAAUAAAGAAACUCUAAGAAGUAUUUAUCAAAAACAUUUGAAUUUAUCCAAGAUCAUUACAAGACCAAAUAAAAUUCCAAAAGUUGUUAAAAACUCAGAUCUAACGUUUGAUUUCAUUGUUGAUGCUUUCAAAGGUGAUUCCAAAAACAAAGAAAAGUCAAUCUGGACUUUAUCAUCUAUAUUAUUUGACACUAAUAAUCUUUUAACUGCCGAGUUAUCAAAAAUUGAUGAUACUGAGGUUGUUAAUAAAGUUAUCGAAGUUAAACGCAGAGAAAAUUUAGUUGAAUGGAUUAAAAAUGAAAUUCAAUUGGAUAUUAAAUCCAAAAUUCAACAAAUCGAAGAUUUUUCAGAACAAAUCUUUUUACAUCUUGUUAUUUUUGAUAUUUCAAGUGCUGCUAAAUUAGCAAUCAAUACAAGUAAUCCAUAUCUUUCAGUUUUGAUAUCACUUUUAGGUUCAAAUGAUCCAAAUGUUAAAUUUAGUGCUGCUAAACAAAUUGAAGAAUGGAAAAAAAAUGCCGUGUUACAAACCAUUCCAAAAGGUAUACUAAAAAUUUAUUAUCUGUUGAAAGGUGAUGUUUUAACUAAGGAUCCAAUUGCCAAAUUAUCUGAAGGUUUAUCAUGGAAAGCAAGAUUAGGUCUUUCAUUAUUUUACGGUGAUACCAAUGAAAGUAUAGCUACUUCAAUCACAACUUUUGUUGCAUCAAGUCCAUCAGAUAUCAAAGGUGAAGAUGAAAUUUAUUUCAAUUUACUCAAAUUGUUUGUGCAUAAAACUAAUGAUAAAUAUCCUAUUAGUUCGAUCAUUUCAGCAUUAAAACCAUCAAAAACACUUGAUGUUAGAUUCCAAUGGUAUAUAUAUGAAAUCUUAAUAAGAUCAACUGAACAAUUGAACUUUAAGAGAUCUGUUGAAUUUGGUGAUCAAUUGGUAUUACUUUUCGCUGAACAAUUACAAGCUGUUGAACUUUGGGAAGAAGCACUUUUCGUUUUAGCACAUUUGAAUAAUGAUUAUGCAGCUGAACAUCAUGUUAAAAGUCUUUUAACAAGAAAGAUUGAAGUAUUCAAUAAAGAUACAUUCCUAAUAGAGAGAUUAGUUGAUCAACUACGAGUUCCAAAAUCACUCAUAUCAGAAGCUAAUGCUCUUUAUAAUAGAUAUAUUGGUAAUCAUUGGGAUGAAGCUUCAUUCUUAUUAGAUGCUGGUAAAUACGAAGAUGCUCAUAGUACAAUUGUUAGUAAUGUUGCACCAUUAGCUGUUAUAAAUAAUGGACCACAAUUAGAAAAAUUAGGUGAGCUCAUUCGCAGAUUCCCAAAAUCAAAACAUAUUUCAAAUUGGAGUAAUGGAUUGGAAAUUUAUAAAAAUUAUUUGGAUUUGAUAAAUAAAGAUACUGAUAAAUCAUUAAAAUUCUUAGCUGAUAAUUUACAAUCAUUAGAACAAACCACAUUCCAUAUUAAAGUUGCUAUCAGACUAAUAGCCAAAGUUGUUGCAGAAAAAAUCACAACAAAUGCAGAAAUCAAAGAUAGUAAAGUUCCAGUUAAACAAAUUUUAAAAUUACCACUUGGUGAAGGUGAAUCACAAUUUUAUGCUGCACCAUUAGUAUUGAAAGAAAUUAAAGGAAGAUUUUUGAAAGGUGCAUGA